UGCGAGCGCACAGCAGCCUCGCACAGUCAGCACCUCGAACAGGUUUCAUGCUCGUCAAUCGAAAACAGAAAGGUGCUCAAUUCAGUGCAGUGUGGAGGUAUUCGCGCGUUGAUGCUCCGCGGAAAUUAUAAAAAUUUAUUUCACAUAUUUUAUGGUGUAUAGGGAAAAGACAACUCACUCAAUAAAAGAAUAAUGAAAACAAUUUUGCUGUUCAAGUGAAAAAUUCUAAGAAACAAAAACGCGCACGAAAACAAACGAAUUCUUUGGUUGGAAACCAAAAAGAAUAUAAAGCAGCCAGCUACGGAUGUUAAAAGUGAACUUCCAAAAAAAAAAUAAAAAUUCUGAAAAAAAUAAAAUUUUUGCAAAAAAAAAAAUUAUUUGAAAAAACUUCAUUUGCAAGUCAAAAAAGCUGUUAAUAAGCAAACAGCAAUAGAACUAAGCAUAAAUUUAAGUUUCCUGCGCGAUUAGUGAAAAAUCUGUAUUCGCAUAACGGCAUGCAACGGCAUAACGGCGACUGACGUAAAGCGACGCGUUUUCGAAGUUGCUGAACGCAAAAAUCGUAACAACACUUUCUACCUGCUAAACUGUCUAGAAAGUAGCGAGUGAUUGAACAAAGGCACAAAAUAGAAAAUAAAAACAAAAAUUUUGUUAAAAAAAAACAUACGAAAUAACAGCGUUGCAAAAAAGAGUUGUGAAAAACGGAGUUGGCUAUUAAAACACAAAAAAGUGGUGUCAGUUGAAAUUUGUUGAAAUUCGCAGUGCAAAAAAUACUUGAAAAAAAUUAAUAGCAGCACUCGAACAAGUGCAACAACAACACAAACAAUCCCUAACGCCACCACGCUGACGUAGCGGAACUUGAACAAAAAAAAAAAAAACAAUUAAAACAAAUCUAACACCUCAAAUGUCACAUAAAUAAUGGUUUCAUAUAAGUGCAAAUUAAUUAAAAACGCCUUGCUACAGUGUGCCACAAAAGUGCGCGUCCUAAGCACCUAGGUGCGGAAAAGAGCAAAACUUGAAAAAAAAACCGCAAACGAAUCCGUUGAAAUCACUCAAAACAGAAACUCUUUUCGCGAAAACCUACAACUUUCUGACGCGCGCUCGCGCCUUCCCUUCCACGCCCCCCUUUUUAACUCCAGCAACCGUGUUCGCCAUACCGCCACAUCCGCACCACCACCAGCUGCAGCAGCACCACGCAGACAUGCUGACCAUGGAGUCGGAUAUGAAAGGCGGCAUCCUGCAUGCAACCAUGCCGCCGCAUCACGCCUCCGCCGCUCUACACGGCCAUGCCGCUUCGCCCUAUAGCGCCCUCGGACCGCUCAUGAAUCUCGGCCAGUCGCACUUGGCGCAGUCACAUCUAACGCAGCAUCAUCAUCAUCACAUGGCCUCGCACUUGGCCAGUAGUGGCGGUGGCGGCGGCGGCGGUCAGCAAAGCGCACUUGUCGGCAAUGGGGGCAGCCUAUCUAGCAAUCCGCUUAGCUCACUCCAGUCUAGCAUGGCAAAUACGUUGAAUGGCAAUGGCGGAAGCUUACAGCAGCAUCAACAACAACAGCAGCAGCAGCAACAGCAUGGCGGCUCACCGCUACACAGCUCACACAGCGACUUGAGUCCCACACAAUCGAGCAUUGGCAGCCAUCAUAUGACCUCGCCGGGUGGCGGUGGCGGCCAGCAAACGCAUCAACACAGCGGCGCCGGUAGCGGUGGUCAUCAUCACAGCGGCAUGGGUGGCGGCACGCCUAUUGGCAGUCAAGGCGCUGGCGGUGCGCCAAUGGGUGGCAGUCACAAUGUGAAUAACAACAACUCAGCGACCGCCAAUAAAAAUCAACUAAAUGCGGAGCGCGUGAAACGUCCCAUGAACGCUUUCAUGGUGUGGUCGCGCGGUCAACGCCGCAAAAUGGCUUCGGAUAAUCCUAAAAUGCAUAACUCAGAGAUUUCAAAGCGCUUAGGCGCGCAAUGGAAGGAUUUGUCGGAGGCGGAGAAGCGCCCUUUCAUCGACGAGGCGAAACGCUUGCGCGCCGUGCACAUGAAGGAGCAUCCCGACUACAAGUAUCGCCCGCGUCGCAAGACAAAGACCCUAACCAAGUCGAAGGAGAAGUAUCCGCUGGGCGUUGGUUCACUGUUGCAGCCCACCGAAUCGAAUGCGCCCAACGUCGGGCGCAACUCAAGCGCCUCGUCGAUUUCGGCCGCUCAGCAAGCGGCCGCCGUCAAUCGUGAUAUGUAUCAAAUGAGCGCGCCAAAUGGUUACAUGCCCAACGGCUACAUGAUGCACGACCCCUCCGCUGCGGCGUAUCAAAGUCAACAUAGCGCCUACAUGGGCAACUACCACCGCUACGAUAUGGGUCAAAUGCACCAGGCGGCCGCUGCGGCCGGUUCACUAAACUACAUGAGCCCGGCGGCGAGUAGCGGCUACAGCAUGUAUGGCACCGUUUCGGGCGGUCAGACCUCACCGUAUGCCAGCAUUCAGCAACCCGGCUCACCAUACAGCAAUGUCCAGCAACAGCCCGGCUCGCCGUAUGGCCUCGGUGGUGGCGGCGGCGGCGGCGGCGGUCAGCCUGGCUCACAAGUGUCCUGCCAAAGCCACAGCCCCAGCGAUUCCAGCAUUAAAUCCGAACCCGUGUCACCCAGUCCGAUGCACAGUCAAGCGCAACAAAACUCAGCUGCCGUACUCGCCGCCAACAACAACAACAAUCACAUAAUGAAGCGCGAAUAUGGCGCGACGCAGCAAACGUCUGAUCUGAAUCACCUGAUGAAUAUGUAUCAUUUACCGGAUGGCAUGCAGGCAUCAGCAGCUGCUGCAGCCGCCGCCGCGGAGCAUCAGCGCAAUCUGAUGCACUACCAGAAUAGCUCGCCAGAUUUGCAGCAACAACACGCGCAACAUCAACAAUCGAUGCGCGCGAUGGCGCCACUCGCUCACAUGUGAGAAAUGGCCAGUGCCUAUGGUCAGU